CUGUGUCACGCGGCGUGUUGUCGCGUGUUGCCACAUCACCAUCGUACCCAAGCGCAUUUCGAAGCGUGUCCCCCGCGGUGUGUAGAUCGCGCUCGCGCCGAUCGCAGGCAAGAUCGUCAGCCACUUCGUAACAGCCGCGAUUAUACGUGGAAAGGAAAACGUGAGAGAGCCCUGGGUCACCUGUCUCUGCCCCGCGUACGCCAGUCAAUAUGACGACUCGUCAUUCCUGAGUUCGCAGUUCUCCUCACAAGAGAGAAAGAGAGAGAGAGAAAGAGAAAGAGAGAGUGAGAAAAACUCCUUUCUUUUUUCCUCCCAAACGUACCACGAGGAACGAUAAAUUGCGGAGUCACGAGUACAGCUGCUAUCGAACCCUCGACCUAAGAAAGCGCACGUGCUGAUCACUGGAACGAGCGCACCGUCGUCGAUCGCACCGAUCUUCCUGUUCGAGGGCCAUCGCGCGGCAUCAUGAGUGCACCUCAGGCACCAGUGAAACUGCGCAACGGGGUGGUGAAGCAGGUGACAUCGGGAGAUACCGUUGUCAUCCGUGGACAACCUAUGGGCGGUCCUCCACCUGAAAUGACAAUCACUCUGUGCAACAUUACUGCUCCAAAAUUGGAACGCUGGAAAGGAAAUGACAGCAUGGAUGAGACCAAAGAUGAACCGUAUGCUUGGGAAGCAAGAGAGUUCCUACGUCGAAAGUUGAUUGGCCAAGAUGUUACUUUCGCAACUGAAAAGUCGAUUAACACUGCUAGAACAUAUGGAACUGUCUGGUUAGGAAAAGACAGGAAUGGUGAGAACGUAAUUGAUACUUUGGUGUCCGAGGGUUUGGUGACCGUUAAGAAGGACAAUCGCAAUCCUACGGCUGAACAACAACGGUUGAUUGAACUGGAGAAUAUAGCGAAACUCGCAAAGAAAGGAAAGUGGUCGGAUUCACCGACUUCCGAGCAUAUACGGGACAUCAAGUGGACUGUCGACGAUCCUCGGAAAUUGGUUGAGAAAUUCAGCAAAAAGCCAAUCAAAGCAGUAAUUGAGUUUGUCUUCGACGGCUCUACUGUGAAGGCUUUCCUCUUGCCUGAUUUUUACAAUAUAACGCUGAUGAUCUCGGGUGUUCGCUGUCCUGGCUGGCCGAAUGGUCGUCGCGAGAAUUCCGUGGGCGAUCCUUAUGCGGACGAAGCUAGAUACUUUGUGGAAUCGCGGCUCUUACAUAGGGACGUCGAAAUAGUGCUGGAGUCGGUCAACAAUAAUAAUUUCAUUGGCAGCGUUAUUCAUCCUAAGGGAAACAUCGCUGAAAUUCUGCUGAGCGAGGGUUUCGCGAAAUGUCAGGAUUGGUCGAUCAGCAACAGUAGAUCCGGCGCGGAAAAGCUGUACCUCGCUGAGAAAGCCGCGAAGGAGGCACAUUUGCGAUUGUGGAAAGAUUACAAACCCUCCGGGCCACAGAUCGAGUUUACCGGCACCGUUGUGGAAAUUGUUAAUGCGGAUGCGCUUAUUGUUCGGACUCAGAACGGGGAAAACAAGAAAGUAUUUUUGGGUAGUAUUCGACCGCCCACCCGUGAAAAGAAGAACGAGGACAGCAAUAAUACUACUCGAUCGAAAGAUUUCAGACCUCUUUAUGAUAUACCGUGGAUGUUGGAAGCGCGAGAAUUUUUACGCGAAAAAUUCAUCAGGAAAAACGUAAAAGUGGUAGUCGAUUAUACGCAUUAUUACCCUGCUAGGGAUAAUUUCCCAGAGAAGUUAUGUUGCACCGUAACUUGCGGCAAAACGAAUGUUGCAGAAGCACUGGUUGGUCGAGGUCUUGCGCGAGUAAUCAAGUACAGGCAGAAUGACGAUCAGCGUUCCUCUCAGUACAAUCUCCUGCAAGUGGCUGAAAGUAAGGCAGAAAAAUCGCAACACGGACUGCACGCAAAGAAAGACAUUCCAGUUCACAGAAUAGUGGAUCUCUCGAACGAUCCCUCGAAAGCAAAAGCAUUCUUGACUUCGCUUAAACGAGCGCAGGGAAUCAGAGCGGUCGUCGAGUUUGUGACGAGUGGCUCGCGACUGAAACUCUAUCUUCCCAAGGAAGACUACAUUAUCACAUUCGUGCUGGCUGGAAUAAGAACUCCGCGUUGUCAGAGAACAUUGCCCGGCGGUGGUGUGAUGAAAGCCGACGAGUACGGCGAGAAAGCUCUCGCUUUUACUAAGGAACACUGUUUCCAACGAGAUGUGGAGAUCAAGAUAGAGAACACGGAAACAAAGUUGAGCGGUUUUAUUGGUUGGUUAACGGUGAACGAUGUCAAUAUGUCUGUUGCUCUGGUUGAAGAAGGUCUGGCUGAGGUUGUAAAUUUUCCGGACUCUGGAGAACUCACCAAAACUCUCAAAGCCGCAGAGGAACGUGCAAAAGCGAAAAAGCUUAAUAUCUGGAAGAAUCGCGUGGAAGCGCCAGUAGAAACCGAUAAGAUUGUGGAUGAAAAGGAGGGGCAAGAGCGGAAGAUCGAUUACCAAAAGGUUGUGAUUUCUGAAGUUACUGACGAUCUUCAUUUCUACGCCCAGUUUGUCGAUCAGGGUAGCUUGUUGGAGAGUAUGCUUCAACAAUUACGUCAGGAAUUAGCCGCCAAUCCGCCACUUCCUGGCGCUUAUAAACCGACCAGGGGAGAUCUAGCGGUCGCGAAAUUCAGCGGUGACGAUCAAUGGUACCGCGUGAAAACGGAAAAGGUUUCCGGUACCAAUGUCAGUGUAUUCUACAUCGAUUAUGGCAACAGGGAGACCCUUAAUGUUACGCGAGUUGCCGAUCUACCUGCGCGUUUUGCAACUGAUAAACCAUACGCUCACGAAUAUGCACUUGCAUGCGUGACCCUUCCGAGUGACACGGAUGACAAGAGAGCGGCGGUGGAUGCGUUUAAGGAAGAUGUUUUGGAUAAAAUUUUGCUCCUAAAUAUCGAAUACAAGCUAAGCAACAACGUAAUUGCCGUGACUCUGAUGCAUCCCAGUACAAAUGAAGAUAUCGGGAAGGGUAUUAUUUCUGACGGAUUCUUACAUGUUCAAAAGCAUCGAGAUAGAAGACUUACUAAAUUGAUCGAGGAAUACAAGAAAGCCGAGGAGGAUGCAAAGCACAAUCAUCGUAAUAUCUGGAUGUACGGAGACGUAAGGCCAGAAGACGAUGACAAAGAAUUCGGGUUGUAAUUCAUAAUGAAUGCUCAAUAAUUUGGGAUAAGCAUUAUCAAUAUGGGGGAAAAGAAAAGACAAGAUCGUGUUAUAAAAAAAAACACAAUAUAAUAAACAACAGAAUAUACGAAUCUAUGUAUCGCUGCAUAGAUAAAAAAAUAACAAUGAUGAAUGUCGAUAUGAGAGCUACAUGUCGCGUUAGUCUCAAUGCAAUUAUAUAUCUCAGUAUAUAAAAAGACAAUUGUACAUAACGAUUUUAAUAAUUUCUGUAAUACAAUGAAAGGAGCGCAUGCAGUCCUUGAAUGAGACUAUGCAGCCUUUGGCCGGCAUUGCAUGUAUUCUCAUCGACAUGAACAUUUGUUAUUAAUUUGGUGCCACAAAUACAAAUUGUUUGAGGACCUGAUAUUUUCAAUCCGAUAUGAAAUUUUCAAUGUGCAAUUCAUCACGUUAGAUACACCAAUCAUGUUAUAUAUAUUAAUUGCUUUUCCUAUGGAUAAACAACAAUCAUGUUAACUAAUGUACGUGCUACUCUUUUCAAGUUUUUAUAUGCAAGGAUGAUCAUGUAGCUGUAGAAUUUGUAAUUGCAAAUUUAAUCGGACAGUGAUAGUUAAACCGAGAUAAGGAAAAUUCAUAUCAAUAGAAUAUCAGAGUAUUUUCAAUUAAAAUGACAUCGGCUUCUUUGGAUAAUACAUUUUUCAACUUUUUCAAAGUGGCACGUGUGCGCGCGCGAAUUCAGCAUAAUACAAAAAGUGGGGGAUAUACAGUAAUAAUAAUGUGAAGGAAGAUACUAAUAAAUCGUACUGUCUUUCUUGCCAUCUCUUUCCAGAUGAAUUCACGUUAUUCAUGUACGUUAUAUAUGGAUAAACAAGUUUGAUAUAUUAAUGUACUUACAAGAAAUUAUUUAUGCACAGUUGUCCUACAAAUCAGUCCUACAAAUUGCAGUACAACAAAUAUAAAAUUUUAAAUAUUCAAAAUAUAUUUACGAUAAACGAAUGUUAUCUACUGUGUGUUCGGGAGAAGUAACUCGCAAUAUUCUGUGAUACAAAGAAUAUAUGUAUGUAGAUUCUAUGCACCACAGAACAAACUUGCAUGUUUAUUUUAUCAGAAUUAC